AUGCCGCCGCCGUGCCCGACCCUCUGCCGCCUCCCCGCGACUAACCUCGGCCUCCCUUGGUGCCCCCGGUCCAUACCUCUCCCUCGCCUCGCUCUCGCCGCGCGCCGCGCCAGGGCCGUCGCUGCCAGGGCCUCGUCAUCCUCUUCCUCGCCGGACUCCUCCUUCGGCUCGCGGAUGGAGGACUCUGUCAAGAAGACGCUCGCCGACAACGCCGUCGUCAUCUACUCCAAGUCGUGGUGCUCGUAUUCAAUGGAGGUCAAGGGUCUCUUCAAGCGGAUUGGCGUGGAUCCACAUGUCAUCGAGCUCGACCAGCUCGGUGCUCAGGGACCACAACUGCAAAAGGUGUUAGAGAGGUUCACUGGACAGUCCACCGUCCCUAAUGUUUUCAUUGGUGGAAAGCACAUUGGUGGCUGUACAGAUACAGUGAAACUUUAUCGCAAAGGGGAGCUAGCAACAAUGCUGACGGAACUGGACAUCAAAGUGAAUCAUCAUGACAAGAUUGAGCAUGACUAG